AUGUCUCCGUCACGCAGCGAGCCACUUAUUGAUAAUUUAGUUGACCGUUCCAAUCUCAAGAUUGUAGCGCUUGCGUCGCCCGCUGAUGGUCACACCUUUCCACUUCUACGUAUCGUUGAGGAGCUAGUCCUCCGUGGCUACGAUGUGACGUUCCUCGCAAGUGAGGACUACAGAGCCCGCACAGCUGCCGUGGGAGCAUACUUUGUCCCCGUUCCGCCUUAUGACGAUAUUCAAAGAAUUACUACCGAGCUAUCUGUCAUAGCGGACCCAGGUGAACGUAUGAAUGCCGCUAUGAUCGAGCUCUUCAUUACGCCCACCGCCGGCCGCAUGGCGACGCUGUACGCGGCGCUCGAGGACGUCAAACGGGAAAAGCCUUUACACAAAGUUGUGCUUUUGACCGAAUCAUUUUUCCUCGGUGACCAUCCACUAUUCCUUGGUGCGCCGCUUCCAAAGGGCUUCACUAGACGGCCUCGCGCCAUCAACAUUCAUGCUUGCAGCUACGGGCUCAGCAGUGUCGACAGCGCACCCUUCGGCCUGACCAUCAUACCAGAUGGAACAGCAGAAAGCCGUGAAAAGUACAGGAAACUGCACAGCGAUAUGCUGACAGGGUCUCUUGCAGAGUCUGUGGCUCUGCAAAAGAAGGUCUUGACUGAACUUGGUGCGACAAACAUGGACGAAGUGGAAGGCCGCAACCCAUUGGAUGUCAUCGCCACCACGGCCGACGUAACGCUGCAAAUGUGCCCUCCGAGUCUAGAGUAUCGUCGAUCCGAUAUACACCCCAAGGUGCGUUUUAUUGGUGCCUUGCCGCCUCGUGCUCCCCCAAAGACGUUUUCCGCGCCACCGUUUUGGAACACCGUCAUCAACGGUAGCAAGCGGGUCGUGGUAGUGUCACAGGGCACAGUCGCGGUGCGCUACGACCAACUUCUUGUCCCUGCGAUGCAUGCGCUCGCAGACAGAGAUGACAUUGUUGUGGUGGCAAUUCUAGGCCAAAAAGGUGCUGAAUUACCCGGUGAAGUUGCGAUACCAUCGAAUGCCUACACUGUGGACUACUUGUCAUACGACGCCAUGCUACCCUAUGCUUCGGUGUUUGUUUUGAACGCUGGCUAUGGCGGCUUUAUGCACGGCAUUGUGAAUGGUGUACCGAUGGUGUUGGCGGGCGGAAGUGAGGACAAGCCCGAAGUUGCAAAUCGAGGCGAGUUUGCCGGCGUGGGAAUCAAUUUGAGGACAGGAACGCCGUCGCAGAGACAGAUCCGACAGGGGGUUGAUGAAAUUUUGUCAAAUCCAAAGUAUAAGCGGCGCGUCAAGGAGAUUCAACUUGAGAAUGAAAAGAUGAAAGCAAUGGAUUCAGUAGAGAAGGAGAUUCUCAAGUGGGCGGCUAUGGAUUGA